UUCAAAAGAAUACUAAAAUGGAAAUUUUAGUAGAAUUUACAUGGACUAAAAUCGAGAACUGUGUUACUUUGUAAUGCAAUGUCAAAUUUAAAAUUAUUGAAGUUAAUUAGUUUCAUAUUUUAUUUUAUUUUAUUUUUCUAGAUAGAAGGAUAUUUAGAUCCAUAUAUAGUUUUCAAUCCAAGCAGUAUAUUAAAUUAUAUCUAUGUUGAUCUACUUAUUUCUUUAUUUAGUACGUAAUUAGAAGAAAAAAAAUUAAAAUGUUCCAUUAUUUUUAUUGCUUUCACAUGAGUUCCAGGAAAUGAUAUAUUUCAAGUUAAAAGUCAUUUCUUUUCAACAUGAAACAUUAUUAACGAUAGUGAUAUAUAAUAUAUAACAUAAUAUGCAAAAGGAUAAUUAUGUAAUUUGGAAAAUAUAUACUUAUUACAUAACUAAAAAUAAAUAAACUCUAAUCAAACCAUCCCUUGACACCUACCCCUCCUUUAUAAAUGAUAAGUCCCCCUCUUCUCCCAACACAUCUUCUCCUUAUUGCAGAAAAAGUGAGACAGAAAAAAACAUCAACUAAGAAGAAGAUCUAGAGAGGGAGAGACCAAGAAACAUGAAUAACCAGAAUGUAGAUGAUCAUAAUCUUCUAUUCAUUUCUCAGAUGUACCCUAGUGUCUAUACUGCAUCAAUACCACAACAAGCAGGAGGAUCGAAACCAGCGCGGCCGAGGAGGAGGAGGAAGAGCAAGAGUGUUGCGGUGGCGGAGGUAGGUGGAGAAGGAGGCAAUGGGUGGUUUAGGAAGAGGAAACUGAGUGAUGAGCAAGUAAGAAUGCUGGAGAUGAGUUUUGGAGAUGAACAUAAGCUUGAGUCAGAGAGGAAAGAUCGUCUUGCUAAGGAGUUAGGGCUUGAUCCUCGCCAAGUCGCCGUCUGGUUCCAGAACCGCCGUGCACGGUGGAAGAACAAGAGGCUUGAAGAUGAAUACACUAGACUUAAGAACGCACACGAAAACGUCGUCGUUGAGAAGUGUCGUCUUGAUUCUGAGGUUCUUCACCUAAAGGAGCAGCUUCAUGACGCUGAACGAGAGAUCCAACGGUUGGCACUAAGAGUCGAAGGAGUCUUAAGCAACAGUCUGAUCUCAUCUUCUGUCUCUGUCGAAGCCAAUCAGACUACGCCGUUUUUCGGAGACUACGAAGUCGAAGUUGGAGACGACGGUGGCGGUUAUGAGAACUUGUUCUACUCGCCAGAAUACAUUGAUGGAUUUGAAUGGAUGAGCCCAUUCAUGUGAAAACGACUAGCUUAAAUAUUAAUUUUAUUAGUAUAGUGAUAACUAGGCUAUUUAUAUGAUUGGUCGAUAUCUCUAAUGAAGCAGAAUGUAAAUUAAAGCUAUAGUUCUAAUUCGGUUGUCUAAUGUUGUGGAUAUCUUUCUCUAAGCAUCCAUUGCUUAACUAGGUAACUAAGUCUAAAGCGGCUUUAAUUUAUUUGACUUGAAGGUCAAGUUUGCACAAAACAAUGUAUUAUUUUUUGUCAAUUAUAAGUAAAUUGCGAUU